UUCUUUUUUUUUUUUUUUUUUUUUUUUGUUUCUUGUGACUUUAUAAAGACGACUGUCGGACUUACGUGUCCCUAGAGUAGAAAAAAAAAACUUUUUUCUUGUGAUAAGCUUCUUUUUUCUUUUUCACUUAAAGACAUAUUAGAAUUAAUUAAUAUGGGUGUUACUGUUGAAACUAUUGCUCCCGGUGAUGGAAAGAACUUCCCUAAGAAAGGUGACAGAGUCACCAUUCACUAUGUUGGUACCCUUGAAGACGGUACUAAGUUUGAUUCUUCUCGCGACCGUAACUCCCCUUUCCAAUGCACUAUUGGUGUUGGUCAAGUUAUUAAGGGUUGGGAUGAAGGUGUCCCUCAAUUGUCUAUCGGUCAAAAGGCUAGAUUGACUUGUACUUAUGAUUAUGCUUAUGGUGAACGUGGUUACCCUGGUCUUAUUCCUCCUAGAGCUACUUUGAUUUUUGACGUUGAACUUUUGAAGAUCAACUAAAAAUUAUCCAUUUAAAAUAAAAUAAAACAUGAAAAUAAAAAAAAAAUAAAAAAAUGUGUUGGUUGGUUGGGUGGGUGGGUGAUAUAUAGGUUAUUAUAACAUGAU